AAUUGUAUGAAAUAGUAGUAUUAUUAACUUCAUUUAACUAUUUUUGUCCAGGGAAAAAAACAAAACAAAACCAUUUAAUGUUGCUCGUUACUACUUCUCGUUCAUUUGAAGUGGCGGAUAAGGAGGAACAAAAGUCUGAAACUCAACUGAGAAGAGGGGAUGAAACGAUAAACCUUCUUUCAAUUCAGCUGUAAGGGCUUAUGAAACACUAUCAUCCCUCCUCCGACGAACUCGUUAUCUACUGAAUUAUUACCAUUUUAUCAGAAAAGAAAAAAAUGGCGAUGAGGAAAUUAAGAUGGGCAAUGGACAGUGGUUUCUGGGAUUUGGACAUGUCGACGCCGGUGACGUUGGAUGGCCGGGCUCGAUCCGUUCCCGGCGACCCUUUGCCGCUUGGACUCAGCCGCGGUACUCUGCUUUCAAGGCCUAGGCAAAUUGAUUUCUUCCAGCGAUUCAUGGCUGCCCCAUUUGUCCCCUCCUUUUCUGCUGACCGUGGUCUUUCCCUUCAAAGAGUCCUGUCUCUUCCACUCCCAUCUCGCAUUGCUCAACGCUGGUUUGCAACAUUACUUGGACAGUUCAAUAUCCAGAAGUUUGUGACGUCUGUAAAAAAGGAUGGCGGAUUGCAUCUAUCAGAACCUUCGUGGCUGCAGCAUAUUAGAACACAGCUAUCGGACAAAUCCUUGUAUGCUUUCAACCUCUGUUCUGAACUCUUGUUAACUUAUGAUGAUACUCUUCUCCUUAGCUUUGAAGCUUCUGGCGAUGAGAAGAAUCCAAGGAAGAAAGCAGUUCUUCAUCACAAGUUCUCUCAUCAUGACCUAACCCUUGAGGCUGCUGGUCCGGAGCUUUUUGUGGAUGAAGUUGGCAACUACUGGGAUAUGCCAUUUUCCUUGACAGCCGAUCUUUCCUCAGUUUGUGCAGACUCUGGUCCAAGUUAUCAUUUUUGCGUUAGUCAUCUGGCAGGUCAACCCUUAAAAACUGAAAGUCAGGCAACUGGUGGCGGGGCACCUGCUACCCUCUUCCCGGGUUUGUGUGCCCGCUGUGCAGUUUCUUUUAAGAAGAAUAUCGAUAUUUGGACUAGUGAAGCAUCCAAGUUGAAAAUGGUGCAACCUUAUGACAUAUUUUUAUCAAACCCUCAUAUUUCAGCAUCAGCCCUUAUAGGGGCUGUCAGUACAACAUUUCUUGGGAAUAAGUCAAUCAUGGAAAAGACAGAAGAUGCCUCACAACUAAAAGGUUUUGGUCUUCGGGUACAUGGAGCAAAUUCUGCCGUUUUAGCUGACAUGUUUGCAUCUAUAUCAUUUUCGGCACAACAUGGAAAUUUCCAGCGGUUGUUCCUGGAUCUAACACGGUUGAAUUUACGCUUGGAUUUUCCUUCUGUGUCAAAAUUUCUCUUCGGUGCUGCUCACGUGGGAUAUGAUCUUUAUAAUUCUCAAAUUCCAAAUCUGGAAUCAAUUGAGACAAUUUUCCCAAACACAACCUUUUCAUUUCAGCAGCAGAUUGCUGGACCUUUUAGUGUUAGAGUUGAUUCUGCGGUAACAUUUGAUUUCAAGAACCGGAACUGGUACCCGAACUUAACUGAUCCUGUGAUUGCCCUUGAAUAUGCCUUGCAAGUUCUUGGUUCAGCAAAAGCUAUUGCUUGGUAUUCCCUGAGAAAGCGUGAAUUCAUGGUAGAACUUCGUUUCUUUGAGACCUAAACCCUAUAUUAUUUUUGUGAAAGGAAUUGGACAUUUCUCUGAUCUUAUUUCCCUUGUAAUUCUUUUCAACUUCUCUUAGCGGUAGUUAUUCAGUUGACUAUUCUGCUAAUGAUCGUUUUGUUUUUUUGGUACUUCUAUUUUGGAAUUUCCUUGUAGAUGGUGCCAUAUAUUUAGUGACAAGAUGUUUUGAAUAAUAAAUAAUUCACCGCAUUAGUCGCUCAAUUCCAACUAGCAGUUUUAAGGCAACCAUUGCAAUUCGCUUAAACGCUUCAUCCAACCAACACUAGAGACUAAUUUUUCCAACCAUAUAUUGAAUAGCUGUUAAAGAACCAUUGCAAUUCGCUAAAUUGGCUUGAUAUUGCAUGUCGUAUUUCAUUACUCUCUCUAUUUCAAAAUUUCAAAAUGUAAAUUUAUUUAGACUCUGCACUCAUUUCUCAAUUUGUGUGUGUCAUCCUUGUGCAGGGGUCAUGCUAAUCUUCUCUGUAUCGUUCCAAUUUUAUGGGAUGUGGCCGAAGGGACAAUUUAGACUCUGUACGUAAACUAAGGAAUUAAUAAUUUAAUAAUUAAUUUGUGUAAAAUAUGUAUUUUAUCCAUCAUUAAUUAUUUUGGAACUAUUACCAAUACUAGAUAAAAAGUGGUUAGAAUCAUUUAUUAGGGGACAAAGUUGAGAAAUUGGUCUUUAAUUUGCUUAGAAAUCUUAAAACGACCUACAUUUUGAAAUAUUUCUCCAAACCUAAAUCGACC